CUUCCUGAUUCGGGGGUCGGCGCAACAUGGCGGCUGCCAGAGGGGCUUGGCUGGUGGGCGAGUUGUUGAGGUUUUUUUAUUCACUGUUUGUCCCUGGACUAAUUGUGUGUGGCAUUUUAUGUGUGUGUGUGGCUGUUGUCCUGUGGAUAAUCAGACUGCUACUUCAGAAAAAGAAAAAAUCAGUGUCAAGCAAAAAUGGAAAAAAUCAGAUGGUGAUUGCAUUUUUUCAUCCCUAUUGCAAUGCCGGUGGUGGAGGAGAAAGAGUUCUUUGGUGUGCCUUAAGAGCCCUGCAGAAAAAAUAUCCUGAAGCAGUUUAUGCUGUUUAUACUGGGGAUACUAACGUCACCGGGGAACAGAUACUAGAAGGCGCCUUCAGAAGGUUUAACAUCAGAUUGAGUCACCCAGUGCGCUUCGUUUUCUUAAGGAAACGCUAUCUAGUGGAAGAUUCCCGAUAUCCCCACUUCACACUGCUGGGCCAAAGUCUUGGCUCCAUUUUUCUUGGUUGGGAAGCUCUGAUGCAGUGUGUCCCUGACGUCUACAUCGAUUCCAUGGGAUAUGCUUUCAUACUUCCUCUCUUCAAGUACCUAGGGGGUUGCCGAGUCGGCAGCUAUGUUCACUACCCCACCAUCAGCACUGACAUGUUGGCCGUGGUGAGGAAUCAGAAUGUCGGAUUCAACAACGCAGCCUUUAUCACCCGGAACCCGGUCCUCAGCCAAGCCAAGCUCAUCUACUACCACCUGUUUGCUUUCCUGUAUGGGCUUGCUGGCUCAUGCAGUGACACAGUCAUGGUCAACUCCUCCUGGACCCUGAACCACAUCCUGUCCCUUUGGAAGGUGGGGGACUGCACAAGCGUUGUUUAUCCGCCCUGUGACGUGCAGACAUUUCUAGACAUUCCCUUGGACGAGGAAGAGCCGCCUGCAGAGCGUCUGCUGGUUUCCAUCGGGCAGUUCCGGCCCGAGAAGAACCAUCCUUUGCAGAUCAGAGCUUUUGCUAAGUUGCUCAGUAAGAAAGUGGCAGAGUCGCCUGCAGCACUGAAGCUUGUCCUCAUUGGAGGCUGCCGGAACAAGGAUGACGAGCUGAGGGUGAACCAGCUGAGAAAGCUGACUGAGGAGUUAGGCGUUCAAGGAGAUGUGGAAUUUAAAGUAAACAUCCCAUUUGACGAACUGAAGAAGUACUUGUCCAAAGCAACAAUCGGCCUGCAUACCAUGUGGAAUGAGCAUUUUGGGAUUGGGAUUGUGGAGUGUAUGGCAGCUGGCACAGUCAUCCUGGCACACAACUCGGGGGGCCCGAAGCUUGACAUUGUCGUUCCUCAUGAAGGAGACAUAACUGGAUUUCUCGCUGAGACCGAGGAAGGCUAUGCUGACACGAUGGCUCAUAUUCUUUCCCUGUCUGCAGAAGAGAGACUCCGAAUCAGGAGCAAUGCCCGGGCGUCUGUAAGCAGAUUUUCUGACCAGGAGUUCGAAACCACAUUCCUGUCAUCGGUGGAAAAGUUACUUAAAUAAGGCUAUCUGUGCAAAUCAGAAAAACUUGCUAGCAAACUUUACAGCAGCCUAUGUAAAUACUUUUUCUCAUAAACUCAUUCCCUAUUAUAAUAAAGUCAGCCUGAGCAAUGUU